AUGACCAUAAGUGAUGACAUUGAAAGAGUGGCUUCCAGUUCUCUCAUUCGGUGCAAAUUUGGAUCAAUGAAGGUUGCAGCAAAGGUGCGCACUCUUGAAAUAACAUUCAAGAAAUUUAGCUUCAGAGGAAUUGAUUUGGAUGCUCACCUUGAUAUGUCCAGCGAUGAGCUAGUCAAGUUGUUCCCUACUCAUGUCCACAGAAGGUUCCAGAGGGGUCUCAAGCGAAAGCCCAUGGCUUUGAUUAAGAAACUCCGCAAGAUUUGCUUGGCGAUCGGUGGGGUUAUGGGUUCUGUUACAAUUACUUUGCUUAUGUUGCAAUGUCUAAUAACUUCUAAACUUGGCUUUUCCGCCAGAAACCACAACGUCACAUGCAUUCAGAGCGAGAGACAAGCUCUUUUGAGGAUUAAGCAAGAUCUCGAAGAUCCUUCAAACCGGCUAGCUGCUUGGACCCAUGAUGGAGAUUGUUGCAAAUGGGAUGGAAUUGUCUGUAACAAUGAAACUGGCCAUGUUAUCAAGCUCCAUCUUGGGAGUUCUCAGGGUGUGUUUGCAUCAAAUGCUGAAGCUGAAGCAUAUGUAAGAUCGAAGUUGGGUGGCAAGUUGAAUCCUUCUCUGCUAGAUUUGAAGUAUUUAAGUUACUUGGACCUAAGCGACAAUGGUUUCCGAGAAACUCCAAUCCCAACUUGGUUUUGGAACUUGUCUUCCAAUCUGUCAUACCUGAAUAUCUCUCGAAACCAAUUCCAAGGUAACAUUCCUGAUUUACUGGCAAUGAUUCAUCCUCCUGUCGUGAUUGAUCUCAGCUCAAAUAAUUUCAGUGGCCCACUCCCUCGUCUUUCAUCUAAUGUGACUGCUGUAGAUCUUUCUAACAAUUCCAUGUCAGGAUCUACCUCUCAUUUCUUGUGCUACAAAGUGAAUGAGCCAAUGAAAUUGGAAGUUCUCAAUCUCGGCAAUAAUCUUUUAUCAGGAGAAAUACCUGACUGUUGGAAGAUGUUUCCAAGGUUGGUGGCCAUAAAAUUAUGUGACAACAAUUUCAGUGGUAGGAUUCCAAGUUCCAUGGGAACCUUAACUUCUCUUCAAUCAUUACACAUACGCAACAACAGUCUAGUUGGUGAAGUACCCUCUCUAAAAAAUUGCGGUGAAUUGCUUACCGUUGACUUUGGUGCUAAUCAACUUUCCGGAGACAUACCACCAUGGAUGGGAGAAAGGUUAUCAAAAUUAAUCAUCUUCAGCCUUCACACAAACAAGUUUAAUGGUACCAUACCUAAACAACUUUGUAACCUAUCAUCUCUUCAGAUCCUGGACCUUUCCCACAACAAAUUAUCAGGUGAUAUUCCGAGCUGUAUCAACAAUCUCAAUGCCAUGGCCUCGAGAAAUAAAUCCGAUAACAAGAUAUUUUACAAAACGUCCAAGGGAAGCUUUUUUGAGGAUAUAUUACUUGUGAUGAAAGGAAGGGUGGUGGAUUAUAGCACUACCCUUAAACUAGUUAAAACAAUGGACCUUUCAGAUAACAAUUUAUCAGGUGAGAUCCCCGAGGAGGUGACAAGUCUUGUAGGCCUGCAAUCAUUGAAUUUCUCACAUAAUCUUUUGCUAGGAACCAUUCCUGCCAACAUUGGUGCAAUGGGAUCAUUAGAAUCUGUUGAUUUAUCAACAAACAACAUUUCUGGUGAAAUCCCUCCAAGUAUCUCUUACCUCACCUUCUUGAGUCACCUGAACUUGUCCUAUAACAAAAUUACUGGGAAAAUCCCGACGAGUACUCAGUUACAAAGCUUAAGUGUAUCCAGCUUUCUUGGCACUGAGCUCCAUGGACCACCCCUAACUGAUAGCUCCAAUGCUGUGAAGUUCAGCCCCAGCGCAGGAAAAAACCUGGAUGAUCGACAUGAAGUGAACUGGUCUUUUCUAAGCGUGGAAUUGGGAUUUUGCUUAGGAUUCUUUGGUGUAUUGGUCCCUGUUCUGUACUAA